ACCUCGACCACUCAUCUACAUCUACCUCUUCCAUAUAUCCACAACCAUACGCCCACAAACAUGGCGCGACAUGUCCGAAACACUCUCAUCUCCCUCCACCUCUUUGCCCUUCUUUCUCAUGCCGCCAAUCUCAACUACUCGGGCGAAGCCGUGACUACGCGGUACUGGGACUGCUGUAAACCAUCGUGCGGGUGGAAUGGCAAGGCCGAUUUCAGCAGCCCGGUAGAGUCGUGCACAGCAGACAACAAGCCCACCAACCCUGCCGCUGGCACUGGCUGUAACGGUGGUGAUGCCUUCCAGUGUGCCGACCAGCAGCCAUGGGCUAUCAACGACACAAUGUCCUAUGGCUUUGCCGGUGUCUACAUCAUGCCCGCCCUCACGCGCGGCGGCAUCGAGGACGCUUGGUGUUGCGCAUGCUACCAGCUAGAUUUCACCAGUGACCCACUGAUUGGAAAGAGCAUGAUUAUCCAGGCCUCAAACACGGCGUACGACAUUACAACAACAAACCGCUUCACCCUUGCAGUACCUGGUGGCAACACAACAUCGGUCGACGGAUGCGCCAAGCAGUAUGGCGUCGACCAGUCCGUCUUUGGCCAGAGGAUGGAGGGCGUCAGUUCAAGCAACGACUGUGCAAACCUACCCGAGCCGCUGAGAGCGGGAUGCCAGUGGCGCUUUGAUUGGCUCCAGGAUGCGUCGUUUCCUAGUGCCAAUUUCAAGCGUGUCGUGUGCCCAGCCGAGAUUACGGCCAAGAGCAACUGUGUGCGCAACGACGACAAAAGGCUUGCUUCGGGCGAGUCGACUUCCGCAGCCUACAGUCUCAGCCCUAGCCUGCCUCAUACUAUGGCUUUCGUUGCCGCCACGAUGCUAACCCUAAUAUCGGUAUAGCAUCGGUGAUGUUCCCUGCGCGUCACGUUCCUGCGGCCCGCUCACGAUCCGUCACUCUUCAUUUCGCUUGCCCUCUUUGCACUCUCGAAGCCGAGACUGAUGGCAUCGUCAGAUGACAAAGAAAGGCAAGCCCAUUUCAUGCAUGGAUACCCUACUUGAUAAAAUACCCGCAUUAACACGCCUGCCCUCCGUGUCCAGACCGCACUCGCUCAGGACUCGGAGUCGCCGGUGAUGUGCUGGUGCAUAAGUGGCUUUCCCCGGUUUUUUUUCCUCAGUCUAGUAUCAUCUGGCCACCAAUGGAAAGGGUGUGUGUAAAAAAGAUGACAUGUACGCUAUUACGAUUGAUCUGCAUAUUGGUGUUUGGAAAGCUUUUUCAUUUAGUGGGUGCCGGUUUAUGGACCACAUUCAGCCUUUGGAGCGUUCUGUACUCUCGUGAGAAUGAUGAUCACUUUGUUCUUGACCACUCA